AUGGCUCCCACACUGAAACCAAUCACACAUCUAUUGAUGUUGCUGCUCUUGGGAGGAUCCUAUGUUAGCUGUGAAGGUAAGCCUCUGCGGCAAAGUACGACGGUAAAUUCUGGAGCGCAGAAUUCCCCGGGAAGAAGGAUUUGAUGGUUAAACUGCUCUGAGAAUUGUAGCUCAGGAUAAGGGGCCUCCUUGUGACUCUCAUUAUGCAUAACAAACCACAGCUCCCAGAAUUCUUUGGGGGAGGCCAUGACUGAAUUCUCCCAGAAUUCUUUGGGGGAAGUGAUAUCAGAGUACUUUAAAUGUAUGGUGCGGAUGUGUUGUUAACGGGACUCUGGUCAGAGACUGAAGGUUCACAGAGUCCAGGGCUCAUUUCUUUGGCUCAUGGGGCCAGAGUUUCGGAUUAGUUUCGUGGAAGAAAGUGUUGCAUCAGUCCUUGGGGAUUUACUGGGUUCUGCAAUCUUAUCAUCUCGUGUUAAACCAGAGAAAGGACAGGAAACCAUUGCAUUUUGAUCCAUGCUUUCUCCCCAACAUACUCAUUUUUCUCCACAUUAUUUGUCUGGAGAAUUGCAUUACAAAAUUCAGAGAGGUGUGAAUGUAGAAAGCUAGUUGUGUUCCAGCUCACUUACUAUUAUGGAAAAUGCAAUUAAGGGGGGGUGGGGUUUCAGAUAAAAAUACUAACCAAAUGAAAUUCUCCCCCAUCCUCCUCUGUCUCUGUGAGUAGAGCAGGAAAAAGUGGAGGUAAGAAAUGGCUGUAAUGGGGGCCAGGAAGUUGGGUGAAGCUGAGCUCCUCAUACAGUGGCAACAACAGACAGCCCCGGUCUUCUCUUGCCUUAUAGACGGAAAUAAGGCAGAAAGAUGUGUGUGAAAUAAUCUCAAGUCUCUAAUAUAAUACAAAAUUUCUGUCCUUCUUCUUUGAAGUGCAGGGGUCAUUCAGUUUGUAGUUUAAGGGUCAAUUAUAUUAAUGUUAAAGUCAACUAGCCAAGAGGGUGAUGGGUGGAGGUGUUGCUUAGUAACCAAGCAGAAUUGCAAUAUAUUCACUGAGGUAGCACAUACUCUGAUUGUGUAGUUUGGAGGGAGUUUUCCUCUCUGUGUGCCUGGUUGAAUGUCUUCCUGCUAAGUAUAAAGCUUGUACUGAGAAAGACAAAACCUCUGUUGUUGUUCUUUUUCAGUAAAGUGUUCUCGGGCUUCUUUUCUCUACGAACUCCCAUCUGCUAACACUUCUCUCUUUCUCCUACAGAGAAAUGGUGCUAUGACAAGCCAAGCUGUGGUAAGCAAAACAGCAUUCCUUGGUUUCAUCCACAAGCUCAGUAUCUCCCAGUGUAAGAAGUAAAGAUUAUUUUUCUCCAGUAGUGCGGUUCGAUCGCUGAGGCACAGAAAGGGUAGCAGGCCUCUCUAAUGGGGCUUCAAACUCUCAUGCCCACAGAGCAGCCUGUUUAAUCUGCUAGGCAGGAAGCUGGGCUGAGCCAUAUUCAGCCUGAAAGAGGCCUCAGCACAAACUAGGCCACCAAUUCAAUAAUGCCAGUUUGAAAUUCCCAAUUGGUUCCUGGUUCCCUAUUGACAGUUCCAAGUUUUCCAUAUUGAAGUGGGACAAAUGGGUAGGAAUUUGAGCAGUUGUUCAAUCCAAAUUAGAGUUUAGGCCAGGAAUGGGGAACCUCCAGCCCAUUGGCCAAUCCUUGCCGGCCAGAAGCUGGAGUUUGACCCACAAAGCCAUCUUCCCAGCCGCCCACCAGCUGACAUCACUUGAUAGGGCGGGGUUAAAUCCUGCAUGGGUGGGAGGACACCUUCUCAGGAGGGCGGGGUUAAAUCUUGUUCCAGCAGCGAAGAGGUGUGCACAGCCAGAGCAGCAGGAUUUAACCCCUUGCUCGUCAGCCGACAAUUGGGGGGGGGGGUCAAACCCUGCUCAGUUUGGUAGGAUUCCAGAAACUCCUGCUAGGAUGAAGGAAGAAAAUGUUUUUGUUUUAGUGACACCUUCAACCUGAGGUUAAAACCAGUUCCCCAGCCCUUCCUUAGAAUGAUACCCUUCCCAAUUCCCAGAAGAGCGAAUUCUUCCCCACCCUUGCAACUUCAGUCCACAAUUAUGGUUGGAGUGAAGAUGCUGGUUGCUGUGGAAGACUGGGUGUGCAGGAUCAGGUCAUGACUCCCAGAUUAAUCAAUAUAGUGCGUGUGUAUAUGGUGCUGGAAGGCCAACAGUCACCCUUUCUGCUUCGAUAAGCGGUCUUGUCCAAAGGGAAGGCAAUACUCAAUUUUGCCUUGGGCGCCUCCUCUUCCUCGCUGGCUCCACACCUGCUUCUGCCUCCCUCUCCCUAGGCCCCCUUACAUGGAGACGCCUGGGCCAGUGCAAUGGCAAGAAGCAGUCUCCCAUCAACAUUGUCACCAGGUAUACACAGCCUGAUUCCUGUCUGGGUCCCUUGACAUUGUCUGGCUAUGAGGACCGUUGGAGGCCAAGAGAGCUUUUGAACAAAGGGGACUACCGUAAGUAUAGGCGACAAGCAACGGCGGGCAAUGUGGAAGGCAUUGGGAGGGGUCUUGAAAUUGGGACUCUGACCGCAGGUGCGUUAUUCUCUGUGUCUCCAUGGGAGCUGGUGGCUUCACAGCUAUGCUUCAACACAGUGGAGAGACCCAGAUAGCAGCAUUGCUAGACUACAGCUUCCAUCACCACUGACUAUUGGCCAAGUUGUUGGGCUGAUGGGAGUGGGGAUCCCAGACAUCUGGAGGGUGGUGGAUUGGAAGGUUGCUGCCACCGGUUAAAAGGGCUCCGCCAAGUCUUUUAAAGCAACGAUAAGAUGAAAACAGAUUUUAAAAUGCAUGGCGGCAUUCUACAUAUCUGGGUAAAAAGGUAAAAAGGUAAAGGGACUCCUGACAGUUAAGUCCAGUCUUGAACGACUCUGGGGUUGCGGCGCUCAUCUCGCUUUACAGGCUGAGGGAGCCAUCAUUUGUCCGCUCCGCAGACAGUUUUUCUGGGUCAUGUGGCCAGCACGACUAAGCCGCUUCUGGCGUAAAGGAACACUGACACCAGAGCAGCGCACGGAAACACUGUUUACCUUCCCACCAGAGCGGUACCUAUUGAUCUACUUGUACUUUUGGUGUGCUUUCGAACUGCUAGGUUGGCAGGAGCUGAGACCAAGCAAUAGGAGCUCACCCCGUUGCAUGGAUUCAAACCGCCAACCUUCUGAUCAGCAAGCCCAAGAGGCUCAGUGGUUUAGACCACAGCGCCACCCGAUUCCCCACAUAUCUGGGUAGUCUUGUCUAAAUGGAAAAAGGUUUUAGCAUUCUCCAAAACGUGUACAGUGACAGCGCCUGCCUGAUGUCAAUACAGUGGUACCUUGGGUUACAUGUGCUUCAGGCUACAGACGGUUUAGGUUACAGACUCUGCUAACCCAGAAAUAGUACCUUGGGUUAAGAACUUUGCUUCAGGAUGAGAACAGAAAUUGUGCUCCGGCGGCGCAGUGGCAGCAGCAGGAGGCCCCAUUAGCUAAAGUGGUGCUUCAGGUUAAGAACAGUUUCAGGUUAAGAACGGACCUCCGAAAGGAAUUAAGUACUUAACUCGAGGUACCACUGUAGUCAGGGUGUUCGCAAGUGUGGGGGCUGCCACACUAAAAUAUAGAUUCCUCACAAGUGCAGAAUGGGUGUCAUCCAGCACUAGUAACAUGGCCAGUGCUGAAUAUCAAAGGGGUUGAGCAAGAAUAUAUUGGGUAAGGAAAAUCUCAUAGGUAAACUGGCCCCAGGGAGAGAGAAGUUGACAUGUACUCUGUCUAUGACGUACAGAGGUUCCUGUCUCUCUUCUUUAUAGCCUGCCAUCAGUUAAAGGGCAGCGAACAACUGGUGUUAUUAAACCGUCUGUACAUAAUCUAAGAUGCAGAUAAAACCAUUUGCCAAGAAGAGGAGUUUGGCCCUGCAGUACUUGGUAGGAUCACUGCAUCAGCAAAUGCACAACUACAAAUUCAGGAGACUUGAAAAAUAAGCUUUGAUGAUUUCCUAAAUCGAAAGACGUCACAGAACUACUUAAGCCGCUGCAGAACUAGACUGUCCUAUCAACACAGAGCAAAACCAAGCUGGGGGAGGGAAGGGGGGAAAGCAGCUGAGCGAGGAAAGUGGUGGAUGGGGUGAAAGGAUAAGCUCACUCAUCCCCCUCCCACUUCUUCCCUCCAAAUUGCACCCUUCCAAAAUACAUUUUAGGCAUUUGGUCCGCAAGGCCAUUUUCUCUUAAUCACACCCACCUGCCAUGCCCCUGAUGUCUACCUGUCCCAUAACUGACAUAUGACUAGAUUGGCUCUUUGGGGGAGGGGGAGAAUUCUUUCACAUCCCUAAGUCCUACAGAAAGAAGGACUGAACCCCAUGCCUAUCAGCUGAUGCACUUGGAGUUCAAUCCUGCUUGUUUGCUUACCUGAAUCCUGCACGGUUACUAUCUCUCCUCCCCCACUCCCGCAGGCAAACUUUGACAGGUGGGUGGUAUCACCCACUUGUCAAUCACCAGAUGUCAUUAUGAUGGCAGAGUUGGCUGACGGAGUGGUGGAGACAGAAAGAUCUAGAUUGCUGGGCUAGAAAGUUCCCCUGCCCCUGAUUUUAGAUAUUCAGUGGAGACCUUAUUAAAGGUCACAGUCCAUCACACUUUUGCUGCAUGAGAAUACUCAUGUGUAGGCAUCUCGUUAGCAGCUUUCGUCCAUUUAGCAGCAUUUCUGGAAGCAGUGGUCAGCAACUGAAGUUACACUUUGAGAUGAAACACCCACAGACGCUGUAAAACUCAGUCAAGUGAUUUACUGCUUGACUGGUCAUAAAUGCAUCACGAUAGCACUAUUUACAAUCAUUAUAGCAAUAGCUGUAAUGGCAUACUUAAGCUUCAGUCCCUCUUCCUCUUUGGGAACGACCUAGGCAGACACAAUCUAUUGGCGGUCAUGACGCAUCAGUUUGCAGACAGCAUUUGUUGCUCAGUCGUCUGCAAAAAGCGAAAACGAAAGUUCUCCUUUGAUUGGCACUUCCAGCUGAAGCUGCACGUGCUCAGAGUGCCACUCCCACUUAUAGACGACCGUUCUGGAAUCUUUUCCCUGUUUCUGGAUGAAUGACUCCCUAACAGACCUGCCUUCCCAAACAUCACAUGCAUACGCACAAUACAUUUAAUGUGCAUUUGCUCCUCCUUCAAGAAUCCUGGGAACUGUAGCUUAACUUGUACAGAACUACAAUUCUGAACUACAAUUUAUUACUGCAUCGCAGGGGGUUGGACUAGAAGGCCCUUUGGGUCCCUUCCAACUCUACAGUUCUAUGAUGCUAUGAAUUCCCAGCACCCUUUGCAAACUACAGCUCCCAGGAUUCUCGGGGAGUGGAAAUGUGUUUUAAAUGUAUAGAGCACACACACAGCCACCUAGUCUGAUAUUUUUUGACCACACCGUUCUGACUACUGGUCCAUCUCUUAACAAUGGACCAGCCUCGGUGCCAACUCUGCUUCAGCAUUUUGCCUCGCUGAUGGUGGGAAUCCUGGAAACGUUAUUAUUCUUUUUUAAAAUCAAAGGAGCCAUCGCAACUCAACGCUUGCUUUGUUUCUUGGAUCCAUUGCAGCUGAUGUUGAGAUGAAGGAAGGAGCCACUGUUUCCAGCCCCAGCCUCCCGGCUAAGUACCACCUGAAGUCCUUCCACUUCCACUUUGGCACCAACCACCAUGCAGGCUCAGAACAUGCCAUUAAUGGCCGGCACUACUCAAUGGAGGUGAGCCAUCUGGGAGAGCAGAGGAAGCAGCGGUGAGAGUGAGCAACAAAUGGGCAGACUAGGGUAGCCAGCCUGGUGGUGCCCUGUGGACAUUUGUGGACUACAACUCCCAUCAACCCCCACAUUGACCAUGCUGGCUGGAGCUGAUGGGAGCUGCAGUCCACAACAGCUGAGCAUUUUAGCCCAAAUAUUAUUGUUCUGCUGCCCUGGACCUAUAAAUGUCGUUUUCCGCUCUCUGGUGUCCAGGCUGUGCUUUUUUAAAAUAAUAAUAAUAAUAAUAAUAAUAAUAAUAAUAAUAAUAAUAAUUUAUUGUUUAUACCCCACCCAUCUGGCUGGGUUUUCCCAGCCACUCUGGGUGGCUUUCAACAAAACACUAAAAUACAAAUAGGGCUGCCUUCAGAUGUCUUCUAAAAGUUUGGUUGUUAUUUUUCUCUUUGACAUCUGGUGGGAGGGCGUUCCACAGGGCGGGUGCCACUACCGAGAAGGCCCUCUGCCUGGUUCCCUGUAACUUGGCUUCUCGCAGCGAGGGAACCACCAGAAGGCCCUCGGCGCUGGACCUCAGUGUCCGGGCAGAAUGAUGGAGUGGAGACGCUCCUUCAGGUACACUGGACUAAAGCCGUUUAGAUCUUGGCCACUUCAGAUGCAGACUGGUUUGGGCGCGGAGCCUCAGAGAUGCUGCAGGGGACGCUGCAGCUAUGAUUUGGAAUGGAGCACAAAAGGCGAAGGGUCACUGAAUUUUGGUGUCGCACAGGGUGUCACUGAAAAUUGAGACACCAAGGUCUGCCACUGCCAGAUGGCUAGUUUAUUGAGCCUUCGUCUUGAAUUGUUUCCAAUAAAUUCGUGGGGAGGUUAGGUGGGGAGGUUGGCUGUUUAUUGAUGAGCGCUCAUUUUGAUUAGUUUGCAGGAAGGUUAUGCAAUGUUGCAUCAAGCAAAGGUUAGCCCACACUUGCUCACUUUUUAAGAAUUCCACUAAAGCUUCAGUUAAGGCUCCUGGAAACUCUGGGCUCUCGCUUGUUUAUAUACUGUAUCUCCCUAUCCAAUACUGAGAAACACUGAGCAAAAAAGGCAAACAUUCCAGGGCAGACCUUCCUCUUCAGCAGCCAGCGUGCUUGCAAACAUAUGAUGUAACAGCUCCUAGGCUAGCUGGGGGAGUAAGGGUGCCUUUGGGUUAAGGUUAUCAGAUUUUUUUCUAUGAAUCCGGGGUCACUUUUCAACUUCAGUCAAAUUCAGUGGAUUUUGUCAGGGAACUGAUUUGUAAAUCUGGGGACUGUCCCUGGGAAACGGGGACGUCUGGUAACCUUACUUUGGGCUAUCAGUAUCAUGCAGGAGGGAUUCAAGUGCAUCCUAGAAUUUAGGUUUGCACAGUUGAAGUGGAUUAAAGCAAUACUUUGUCAUUUUAACACAGCAAUUCCCUUUCUAGCAGAUGUUUUGUACUUUGGGAUGUGACAGGGAAUGCAUUGAAAAGUGUGGGAUGAAUUAAUAAUUAAGGGAAAGGCAUGUAAACACCUCACAAGGAAAUCGAGUUGCAGGAUGAACACUCAUUAUCAUCAAACCACCCCGUAAACAAAUUAAAAAUCAUGCUCAAUAAAAGACCUGGCAUAGUUUAACUGGUGCAAGCAAAUAGGGAUGAAUGCUCCGAUAAUCUGAAGUAGCUCUUACAGAACACAACAGCCAGAUUAAAAAAAUACACAUAGCUACUUAUUUUUCAAGGGCUUGGGGCAAUCUAUUGCUUUUCUGAAAAGGAGGAUACAAUACAAUAACCAGCUGUAAGUGCUCUUGACAGCAGUGAUAAAUCUAUGGGCAAUGCAGAGUUUAGUUGUUUUUGGAUGAGAGAGCAUCCUGGAGAUUUAUGGGGUUGUAUCUGGUGCUGCUUUCAAACCCACGCCAAAUAUGCAAGCAGAGCACUUUGGGAGCAGACUGACUCCCAGAGGAGGCAGCACAACUGCUAAUCAUAGCUCGCGUCUCCAAAGGGAGCCACAGCACUCAAGGAUGCCUGAGUUUACGUGGAAGGCGUGUGGCUCAGCCGUAGGGAAUCUGCUUUGCACUCAGUAGAGCCCUGAUGGAUUGAACCAAAGACACAUCUAGUCUAGUCUAGCAUCCUCUUAUCCAGAGCGGCCAGCAAGAUAGUUCACUGUUACCCACUGAAUUAAAUCCAAGAAUCUUGCUCCCACUCUCUCUCUGGCAUAAUUUAGAAACACCGUUCUCACUUUUCCUUCCCUUUCUUUUCCCUUCUCUUGCACCAGCUCCACGUCGUUCACACUAAAAAUGGCAUAAGCGCCAAAGAAGCGGCGAAGGACCCAGAGGGAUUCGUUGUCCUGGGAUUCUUCAUACAGGUGAGGAACAGCACAGAGUGGCCCAUGCUUGUGCAGUCAAAGGCUGGAUUGGUACAGGAGCCCCUGAACCCCCUGGGGGCUGUUGUGGGCUGCUUAGAGCUCAGCCCUCUGGAAUGGAGGAGACCAAGAAGCUUAUAGAGAUAAUUUCCUGUAAUGUAUGCCAUUACCUUUCGUGUUCCCGCAGAAGUCCUUUGAGGCUCCUUUUGACGGUGUAUGGAAUUUCCUGGCUAGUAGCCUGCACAGAAUCCCAGAAAAAGGUGAGGUUCCCCCAUUCCCCCACCCUGCCUCCGUUUCUUAGAAAAUGAAUGGAUCUUUCUUUCUACCAGGCCUCUCACCUUUCUUGUCUUUCCCCAGGUAACUCUGUGCCACUGAAUGGGGAAUUUUCUCUUUCGGACUUAUUGAGACCAGGAGGUAGAGACACCGUUAAAAUUACGGACAAGUAUUACCGCUACCAGGGCUCCCUCACCACUCCCAACUGCUCUGAAGCUGUGACCUGGUUUGUCUUUCCUAAGGUCAUCAAGGUGCAUCCCUAUGUGGUGAGUGGGUGUCAUCUAUUCUUUGAGGAAGGGUGGGGGUGGCGGCAGCUGGAGGGAUUGAAUCAUUAGGUUCACAGAAUGGAGCCUGCUGGGGUCAGAGGCGUUUUGAUUCGUGGGUUCUUAGGAAACAGACAUGGAUCACAAGAUCGCCACCACAAACAACACCCUCACGUUCAGAUCCCCGACCCCAAAUAGGUCACUGCAUGCUGCAGGAGAAUUUCUCUUUCAAGUCCCAAAGGAAUUUGACGCCUGCUCCACAAUAACUUGGAGCAGGGUUUUAUUUGUGGCAGCCCCUCCUCUGUGGAACAAAGUCCUCUGUUGACCAGAAGCAGGUGCCCAUUAUAUGCACUUUCUGGGGGAAAAGAUGAGACUGUUUGUGUUUCAACAAGCUUUCCCAGCUGGGCGAAUAGGUCUCUGCCAUGACUGUCCAUUUCAUAUAGUUUUUAAACUGAUUUCUGGGUUGUUGGUUUUUUUUAUGCUGCUUCCUAACCAUUUUUGCUGUUUUUAUUAUAUUUUGUAGAUCGUUGUGGAAGGUGAUCAGUUAGUUAGUUCAUAAGGAUGUAAAAUCAGAUGGUACUAUCCCAAAGUCCCUUACAAAAGGGACACAAUAUUUCAGAGUUCGUAAGGAGUUCCAGCUCCAAGCAAUCAGGUUUCCUUGAGAAGUCAGCUCUCAUCUUGAUAGGGGUUAAGGUGAAUUACAUGGUCCAAGGUGGGAAAGGGUUGAGGACUCAAGCAUCAGAAGAGCCAAAGGCCAAGAGUGUAACCCAAGACAGAAAGGCAGGGGGUCAAAUUCCAAAGGGAACAAUGUAGAGGAAGAGAAGCAGGUGUUUUAGCCUGACAGGAUUCUCCUCAUACAAGUAAAAUAGGGCCUGCUCAGAGUUGGCCUCCUAGUUCCACACCUUGCCCUUGUUGGGCCUGGUGGAACCUGAUUGGUCUGUGAGACCAGCUGACUGAGGGCUCUGUCAGGUAAGUGGUGGGGCAUCCCCUUAGGAGGUACCUUUGGGAAACACACCUCAGCCUGCAAGGUUUGUGGCAGGAACAAUGUGACGCUAGGUAGCACAGAUAGUGAGGUGCUGGGGCCCAGUUGGAGUCCUGGUUUGAGACUCUCAUGUGUCCUGCCCCACCAGUGCCUCACACAACAGUGGGGCGCAUCUGCACCACACAUUUAAAGCACAUCUGACACACAUUCAAAAAUACACAGCUUCCCCCAAAGAAUCCUGGGGGCUGUAGUUUACAAUUAUUUGCACCCUUUAAUAGACUAGUCCUCAAGAUUCUCUGGUGGAAGCCAUGCACAUCCAGUGUGGAUGUCAACUAAGUUUACUAGCAGCCCAGAUUAUCUAUGAACUUGCUGAGCCACAUUCUCCAAAGAAUGAGCAUGGUCCCCAGGGAAGUCCCCUGGUGAGGUGCUAUAAGGGAUUCUGGGGAGCUCCUUUGCACACCUCAAAAUCUCCAGAAAUGCUUCGGUGAGCGGGCUAGGUUGGGUCCUUCCUGCACAAGGUUUUCCUUAGAGUUAGGGUUUACCUUCCAAGGAGGCCACACAGAAUCUUUACAGAUCUGGGCUUGGCAACAGCAACGGAAACUUCUAGGUCAGUAGGCAGUGUCUCCUUUCACAGUCGUUUGGAGAGAGCUUUCAUGGCGGAAGGCCACCUCAAUCCCCAGGCACUCAAGUUCGACUUUAGACAUUUGACACUGGUCCUUUUGCUGCAUGGAUUUCUUGAGCUUGUAUGAGCUACUCUCCUUUUCUCUUCCUCCUCCUCCCAUUUCUCCUGUUUUUCUCCCUUCUAGCUGAAGAAAUUCACCAGCUCGCUCUUUUUUACCACCAAACAAGAAAAUCGGCCUAUGCAGGAUAAUUACCGUCCUGUGCAACCAUUGAACUACCGAAGGAUCAGUGCCUUCGACCUAAAUGAGUAUGAUCCGGCACAAUGCCCUGGCAAUCGUUUUGGGGCCAAAGAGUGUGUGGAUUGCAAGGACUGA